AUGGCAUCUUCAGGAAUUCCAGAACAAACGGCAGGUCAAGUCUGCCCCAGAUUGCAGCAUGAACCGCCACAACACUUCGGACCAAAAACCCGGAUACCGGAUCUCUUCGAGAGAAAAGAUGCAAUACAUUUGAAACUUGCAGCUCAGCAAUUAGAAUGGUGCGAACGCCCACCACGACAUCACCACGAUAUGUUAGAGGCAGUGUCAAGGGUCGGGCGCAUUGAAGAGCGCAUUCAGUACACCUUCAGAAACAAAAUGUUAUGCGUAGAAGCAUUGAAGAUCACGGCAUUGAACUACCCUCUAUUUUUCAAAGGGAUGGUUCAUAAAGUCAAACCGAACAAUCGCCUAGCAUUGCUGGGAGAUCGAGUACUCAGCAUGGUUUUGUGUGAUAUCUGGUAUAGUACAGGAUACUCACCAGACAUGAAGGCCCGACAAGCAACAGAAACAACAUCUAAGCUGCACUCUAAAGCCCAUAAAUUUAGUAUAGACAGAGAAGUCCUAAUUGGCGAAGGGGUGUCUGCCGCAUCAGUGAGGCAAAGCGCUGAGAGCCUUGAAGCUAUACUCGGCGCUGUCUACGUGGAUUCUGAUCGCAACCUCGAAACGGUCAAGCAGGUUAUCAAAAGUAUCGAACUCGAUAGACACCAAUUCUUGCAGGCACUGCCCGAAGCACAUCCUGAACUACAGGACUGGAAAUGGCAGCAUAUCGUGUAUCGGGAGGAAGAGCAACUGUUCGAGGAAAGGAUUAAGUCUUUGGAACAUAAGGCAGAAGAACUUCAGAACCAUUGGAGGGAUGCCGAAUCCUUCACCACAAGUGUGUCAGGGGCGAAGCCCAACAUCAGCCCCGAAGCGCAGUCUGCUAUCCGCACAGAGGCUGCAAAGCUGGAAAUCGAUGCAAGGCAGUUAUUGAAAGAAGUUGAACAAGCUCCUAUUUCUGCUGUUUGCACCCAAGUCAAAGAAAUUACCAGGAAGAGGACAAAAAUUAUGAUCCAUACGGCACUAGCGUUGCAAAGUGAGAUGGAUCACUCUGAUGGAAUUAUUGAAGAGCAGUCAACUGAGGAGCUUGCUACUGGCCCGACGACCACUGACGAUUUGGAUCCAAUCUAUACACUAGCUAACAAGGCACUUCUGAAGAACGAGAAUCCGCCACCCGACGAGUCUGCACCAGAAGGUGCUCCAGAAAAAACGGAAGAACAGCCAGAUUCACUGACUCGCCUCUUUUUGAGUAAAAACAGCAGAGGUGCUAUGCCGAAAUUGGCUAUCUCAGCUUCACAAAGGUCUUCGUCAAUACCAGCUGAUUCGGUAUUGCCGAGGGAUCGCAAUCCUGUUAUCAUAGCUCUCAUAGACGAGUUCAACGAAGUUGUCAAGCAACACCACACGUCAAGAACGAGAAAUAUAGGACUAUGGUCCAACAAAGAAUUCGGUCUCAAGUUGGUCGCAUGGAGCAACGCAUUGACAAAAACAAGGACUCUUGAGCGCCGAGGCGAAACAGUUGAUACACUGGCCAUGUACGAAGACAUGUUGCAAAAAGCUCUGGAAAGCAGUUUACCUGCCGAACGGAAAGCAUUGGCUGAUCGAAAGAAAAUGGCUCUAUCAAAAAAAGCCAAUCCAGCGGUAUCUCUGGAGGUUGAGAAACCUACGACCUCAACACCUGCAAAAGAAGAAACCAAUCUUACAAAAGAGCAAGACCAAGGAUAUGACCACGGACAUGACCAAGGACAAAAAAAAGAAAAGAAAAGAUUGGCACCUGCUCACAAUAGACAUCAGAAGGAAACUAAAGAAUUUUUGGAGACCAUUAAGCAUUCAGAGCACACUGCGGAGAGCGUUGAAGAUUUAGAGCGAAACAUCAGCGAAUUCCACACUGCCGCAUGGGAAAUCACCAACAAAACUGCAGAACGGGUUCCACAGCGUUUGUCAAGGAGGCCCUUACAUAGACCUCAAACGAGUAUCAAAAUCGGUAGCCUAACUUGGAAGACUACGUCACCACGCCAAGGCAAGACAACAUCAGAAGCCCCUCCUCGGACUUGGAGCAUGCGGAAACCAAGAAAAACUCUGAUUCGGUAUCAGGACCCUCUCACACAGUAUGGAACAUCGACUUUUUCGUCUCGCCCGAGGUCUAGAGAUCGUGCGGAUCCGUGA